AUGGCUGAAGAUCUUGGUGCUAUCCUCGCCACGUCCCGUGGACUUGUCGCACACCUCCCUCGACCCGACCUCCCAUCCAUUAAUCUCUCCCUAGACCAAAUUGAAGCACAAUCUCGACGCCUUGUGUCAAAACAACCAACUGCGCCUGGGACUGGAGGCAAAGCGACAUACCUUCUUGCUGGAGGAAACGUCGACGCAAAUGCUCACGCCGACUUGGUGGCAAACCUAAACACGGCUGCAACGUUUGCUCCUCUUACUCAAUUACAUGAUGCUGAUGUGUCUGGAUACCUACGACACUCUCACGAACAAACGCUGAUUGCAUGCAUCGAAGAAGGAAGAAGAGAGACCGAGCAGGAGUUCUACCGGGUUCUAGACGAGCGCGUGCGGAGAGACUGGGAGACUCGAAAGAAGAAGAUAUUCGACGAGCUAGGCAAAGUUAAUCCUGCUGAAAACGUGACCGCAGGAGGUGCAAGCAACCUCAGAGCGAGCGCAAUGGGGCGUACUGUUCGCGGAUCUGGUACCAAUGCCGUAUCGCAACCAACCACUUCGUUGCCAAUGUACAACAAAAUGGCAGCCUACGGAGAAGUUAUUCGUGGACUCAACCAAGCUCGCCUGGCUGGAACAGCAUAUCCUGUUGUCUCACAUCUUUACCAUGUUGCACAAGAGUAUGCUGGGUCUGCUCCCAGCAUUGGCCCCACAUUGGAACUUCUGCGCCACAUCGUUGCCGAGCCUCCCUCUCUCACACUUCCCUCAUCACACUCCCAAGCGCAUAUCCUUAAUACGCCUCUGUUAGAACGCAGCUUCGCUCGGGCACACCUCGGUAAUCCAGAAUCACAAGCGGCCACGGAGCUCAGGACACGGAUCGCAAACGGAGCUCGCGCUGGCUUGGAAAAACAAUAUAUUGAGUAUGUCGAUGCUGCCAUACAGCGAGAACCCGCAAAUGCCGCGAUUGGAGGGGAUCCAAGCAUCCAAAACCGUAUUAUGGGUUAUUUGCGGUGCAAAUUCUACCGCAGCGGGCGCUGGAAUGAAGACCUUGAGUUGCUCCGGGGGAGACCUGUGUGGGCUCAUAUAUUCUUUUUGAUUCGUACUGGUCACCUCCGAGAGGCUCUUGACGUCGCAAAUGAAUCUGCCGACCCGAUCGAGCGAAGCGAACAAUACUUCCUUUCUUACUUGAAAGCUUGGGUUGAGUCUAGCGACAGGAGGUUACCCAAAAUGCUUCGUGACCGACUGCAAACCACAUACAACUCGCAUAUUCUUCACUCCCCCAAUGCUGAUCCCUUCAAAGUUGCACUAUUCAAGCUUAUUGGCCGACUGGACCCGACCCGUCGUGCGGUGCGCAGCGCAAUCGUUACUGCAGAGGACUGGAUUUGGUUCCAGCUUGCGAUGGUCGAUGAGGAAGAAGGAAAUGGUCUGCGCGAACUUGGAAAAGUUCUUGAGGGUUAUGGAGAGAAGCAUUUCGAAGGCACAGGUCCUGGCCGCCGUGGAAUGUGGGCUCGUGUGCUGAUGGCGGUUGCGGCUCUGUACGAGCAUCCUGAUCAUCGUAUUGAAGCUGUCCACAUUGCAGUUGCACUAGCUUACUACGGUCUGCUAAGAGUACCAUCCACUUCUGAGGCAUCACAGGUUGAUAUCUUGACAUCUAUGCCAUUCCAACCCCCUGCGUUGAAUCUGGCUUUGUUGAUUACUCGCUAUAUCAAGCCGUUCAUGACGUCCGAACCUAAGCCAGCGGUUCAAUACGCGUACUGCAUAUCUCUCAGCCAUGAUCAAGAGAAGAAUGUGGGCAAAGAGCAGGUGGACUACGCCCGAGAAUUGACUCGCCGUAUCAUUGUGGCUGCCCCUGCGGGCUGGGAGGAUUUGGUUGGUGGGCUCCGACCAGAUGGAACACGAUACUCUGGAGUUGUUGAACACGAUAUGCCAUUACUCCACCUUAAAAGCGCCGAAGAGUACCGCGAUAUCAUUGUCCUGCCGGCCGCCCAGCUCUGCGAAAACGAUCACAAACUUAUUGCUGCAAUCCGCCUAUACAACCUUGCCGGCAAGUCGAAUAUUGUUCUCAGCUGCUUGAAUCGUGCUCUGGGCGAAUCGUUGGGUGAGGUGGAUGCGGGCGGAGAAGCUGCAAAAGAGCUCGAAACUAGUGCAAGACAGAUUCUGGCCCACUACGAACGACGUGGAGAGACACUCGAUCAGGGCCAAGUUAGGAUCAUUCGCAAACUUCUCAAGGCCCGCCAGGCUAUUACACUCAGCAUGACGGGAGACCUUGAAGGCGCUCUUGCAGCACUUGAUAACCCGGAUCUUUUGCCGCUGGAUGCAGAGACUUCCACUAUUGCACGCCGUGCCGAAGAAUUCCGAGACCAAGACGACGCCCUCACUCACAAUAUUGGUCACCUAUUAAUUCUGGCCAUGACCAUCUUGCACCAGAUUCACUCUCAAGCCAAGGGUGCUCAAUUCGGCGAUACGGGCAAACAGAGUACGCUCAAUAUCGUCAAGAAAAAGACUCGUGCAUUAAUUUCCUUUGCUGGAAUGCUCAAAUAUCGCCUGUCGGCAGACAUUUUUGGGCAAUUGACGCGAAUUUUCUCUAUAUUUAAUUAUAUGGCUGACAUGACACCCGACUUGAAUACGAAUGGACGUGCUCUGCCUUUUGUUGUGACCACGACCGGCCGCGUGUAUCGAGGAUCCAAACUUGCUGGCCUUUUCAAGACGAACACGUCUUCAAAGUCGGCCAUCAACGAUCCCUUACGUACCGUCUUUGCCUGGCUGCCUUCCACUAGGUUCGUGACUGCGGAUUCUCCAGGCUUGUUUUAUUAUUCGCUACUGUAUUUCUAUCCCUCAUUUCUCAACUUGAAUAUGGAGUCGGAAAGUCAGCUCCGUUUCCGAGGACCACCUCCUGGUCCUACACCCGGCCCACCUCCAGAUAUAAACGAAUCGAAGGCAUCUCCACUCCACCCGCCUAAUAACUUGUCUGGCGCUCCCCAACCGGACACCCCAAUAUCUCCCACGAGCGAACAAGGCUUUGACCCAACCAACCCCACGACAAGCAACUAUGUUAAUCUUGGAGUGUGGGACUAUUACGAGGAACGGGCUCCCAAGCUUAAUCGUGUACCACUCGUCAAGAUUUACCGGCGCAUAACUCAAGGGCUUAGCGGUGCACCAUUUGCGUGGCGGUUGAUGAAAGACGUUGUUCGACUCGCACCUGUGCUGGUCUCUCGAAUGUUUCAAGUGAUUAAAGAUGCCGUUGAGAAGCGAAACGUAGAUUCGAGUUUGCUCAUAAAAAUAGCUGUUGCAAGAGGGCUAGCGACCUUUGUUCAGCGCGCUUGCGGUUAUGCAAUACAAAUACUGGCACCAACUAUUAGCUUGCGUGUUCGAGGCUUCUUUGCUGAAUAUAUUCUACAAGCUCAUGCUAGAUUAGAUGUACCGACAUUUGACGAUAACGAAGUCCGCAGUCUGCUAGAGACGGUGGCAUCUGACCGUUCGGGCGCCUGGGAAGCUCUUGUGGAUAGUUUUAAUAUUGGGUCUACCUUCCUCGAGCUUUUCACUCAAGCCCUUGUUCUUUUUGGUAUUAUCAUGGAAAGUAACGAUAGCUUGUUACUAGUUGCUCUAAGCCUUAUUGGUCCCGUUACGACGUGGUGGAUUAGACCCAUACGACGACCUGAAGGAGCUUGGGUUGCCAAAGUAAACAACGAGGACUAUGUGCGUAUGCAGGGAUUGAAGAAGGUGGCGACGGAACGAAAUCAUAGAAAGGAGCUCGUUGCGGGUAAUCUACAGGAGUAUAUUUCCCAACAAUACCACGCUGCUCGAGCCAGUGUUGGUGACAAUGCUCAAGAUUUCUGGGAGGCACGUCGGUACAUGCAGACCAAGAAAGCUGGGAACCCAAUUUCAUUGGUCAUGCCACUCUUCCGGGAUCUCCCCCAGGCGAAUCAUAUUUGCACUCCGAGCCAUCCAUACCCCCGUUUCAAUCCCGCUUUCGCUCGCCCAACUCGAUCUGGUCCAACGAAACGUGACUCAUUUAGCGAGCAGCUUGAAAACUUUUCACAUAUCAUUGAAGGGAUCGCAUACAGUUUCCAAUCUAUAGAAAGUCUCUAUUCGAUCAUUGACAUCCCUAAUCACAUACCCGAUGCUCCACCAGAUGCAUUACCCCUAACACUACCAUUAGACCAAAAGGUCAAAGGGUUGGGUAUUGAGUUUAGGAAUGUAUCCUUCAAAUACCCAGGAACCUCGAAAUAUGUGAUCCGAAACAUGUCUUUUACGAUUAAGCCUGGGCAACUAUGCGUGAUCGUAGGCGAAAACGGCGCGGCUAAAUCCACGUCGCUCAAACUCAUCCUGAGACUAUACGAAGUCGACGAGGGCGAGAUCUUCAUUGACGGCCGAGACAUCCGCACCAUCCCGCUCAAGAGUCUCCGACAAUGUGCAUCUGUGCUCUUCCAAGACUUUUCCAAUUUCCACUCUCGGUCAAUUCGAGAAAACAUCGCAAUGGGAUCUCCAUUGCACGCGCAAGACAACGGCCGGAUCGAAGAAGCCGCUCGGUUGGGAGGGGCAUCCCAAUUCAUUGAUACACUGCCCGAGCAAAUGGAGACGUAUCUCUCUCGGCCCGUGCACGACAUGGCAGGUGGACUCGGGUUCGGCCAGCACACGUUGCUCGGUCGGCAAUUUAAUACGUCGAGGGGUGGAUGGGGUCGGAAGGGUGGAAAACGAGGCGGGAGGGCACAGGAUAUGGAAGUUUCGGGUGGACAGCAGCAGAGAUUAGCUUUAUCUCGCGCAUUCAUGCGUUCAAAUGAUGAGAACGUCCGCUUAUGGAUGUUUGACGAGCCAUCCGCAUCGCUUGACCCACUGGCCGAAUUCAAUUUAUUCGAACGUCUUCGCGACAUGCGAGGCACGAACACGAUGAUUUUUUCCACGCAUCGAUACGGGGGGUUGACCCGCUACGCAGACCUUAUUCUGUAUCUCAAAGACGCUCGGGUCGCUGAGAUGGGCACGCACGACGAGCUGAUGGGGCGUAAUGGAGACUAUGCACAGCUGUACAAUGUCCAGGCUCAGGCAUUUAGGCAGGACACGUAG